AUGUCAAGUUCAUUUAAAUUAUUUUAUGAUUAUUUUUCUCCACUCUCACGUUCCAUCAUAAUUUUACUGGAGCAUAACAAAGUUGUGUAUGAGAAGACAUCAGUGGCGUUGAGAAAAGGGGAGCAUUUAAGCAAGGAAUAUGGGCAGAAUGUGAAUAGACAUCAUAAAGUGCCUGUGAUACACGAUAAUGAUGGACUCAGAUUAGCAGAAACUGUAGCGAUUUAUCAUUAUUUAGGGAGGAAAGGUAUUAUAUCAGAACGAUGGUAUCCGACAGAUGUUAAGAAAUUAAUGAAAAUUGAUGAAUUCCUUCAAUGGAAUCAUAACAGCUUGCUCCUCACAACUGGAUCAAUAUUUUAUGAAGCAUGGCUAAAACAUUUCAAGGAUAUUAGUGGAACAGAGCAUGGGAUGAUGAAAAACGUAAGAGAUCCUACAAACUUCGUUGAUAUCCACAAUUCAUUAAAUAUGCUCGAAAAUGUCUGGCUUGAAAAUAAAAAAUUCCUCGUUGAUGAUGAACCGACUUAUGCAGAGCUUAUCGCUUCAUGCGCGCUUAUGCAAGUUGUGGGUUUGCGGUUGUUUGCUAUAGACAAUGAAAAGUAUCCAAAAGUGAGCAGAUGGCUGCAGGACACAAAAGAUUAUUUCAAUCCUGAAUUCGAUACUGCACAUCAAUACAUUUAUAAAUACGGAGAGAGAUUUAAUGGACCACCAAAGAUAGGAUUGACGAUUAGAGCUGUGUUGUUCUUAAGGAAUUUAAUGAACAAAAGUUAA